AUGCGGCUGGGCAGUGGUCCCUCCCACCUGCAGCUCAAAUGUUGUGCUCCCGUAGGCAAAGUACACGGAUCCUUGGCUCGUGCCGGUAAAGUUAAGUCUCAGACCCCGCGUGUCUCCAAGCAGGACAAGGAGAAGCCCUUAACUGGACGCGCCAAGAAACGCAUGCAGUACAACAAACGCUUCAUGACCCUCGCCAAGAAGCAGAUGGGACCCAAGAGAGGACCCAACUCCCAGGCUCAUGCCUAA